AUGCAGCUAUCCAAAUGUUUAAGAAAUUAUGUACAUUACCUAAAAACACAAAAUGAAUUAAAACAAUUAUACAAAAGUAAUAACAUUUUAUUAAUAAAAAAAUGGAUCCAUGUUUCGAGUGUGUUUAAAUUGAAUGGUAGCAAUACGGUUAGUGAUAUCAAAAAGAACAAGGUUGUCAUAAAAAAUGUAGAUCCCUUUGAUGAAAAUGAUAAAGAGAAUUAUAUAAACCAACAAGCUGAACAGGACUGUUUAGCAAACACAAAUUUGUUAUGGGGAAAUAAAAAUAUUAUAAAUAAUAUGGACAACCAAGUGAAAAACAAAAUAGAAAUGAUUUUACAUUCAUAUAAAUCUAAAAAAAUAAAUGAUUGUGUACAAGAAGUGUUAGAAAUUGUAAAUAGUUAUCCUAGAAAUAAAGACAUAUAUAUAAAUAAAAAUUUAUUAUUACCUUUUUAUAAAAUAUUAAUAAAAAAAAGAUAUUAUUUAAAUAAUUUAAAAAAUAAUAUAUAUGAAAAUUGUUCUAUAAAUAUAUUUGAUUAUAUUCACUACAAUAUUAAUGAGCAUUUAAAAUUUUAUAAUUUAAAAAAUAUACAUGAAUUAUUAACUUGUUUAUCAAAAUAUUUAUAUAAAAAUAAGGCUAACUUAAUUACAGAUGAAUUAAUUAAAAAUAUAUUUUAUCUUUCAUUCUUUUCCCAUUUUAAUAAUUUUAAUUAUAAAACUAGUAAGCAAACAAAUUAUUUAAAACCACAAAAGGGAAUACCCUUACAUGAAUAUAAUGCAGACACAAACCGACAACCAGAUAUAAAACAAUCGAGCAUAGAAGAAAAUACAAACGAUGCUCCUAAAGUUUGUGAAAAUAAUGAAUUAGAAGGAAGAAAAAAAAGAUGUACAUAUGAUAAAACAUUUUAUUAUUUAAAAAGUUAUGUCAUUUUUUUAUCCAAUCAUCCAAAGUAUGCCAAUAAAAAAAUAGUAUCUAACAUAUUGACAUUAGCAAAUAAAAUUCUACAUUUUGAAAUAAAUUCGAUUAUGUUGUUAUCUUUUUUGUCUGCCUAUUUAAACUUAUUAAAAAAAUAUCGUGAAAAAAAUGUUAGCAAUUCUAUUUUUAUAAACAGAAAUGCAAAUUAUCACAUUUUACACACAAUUUUGAAAGACUUCAAUUUGAAGGAAAUUAAAAAUAAGAAUAAAACAGACAAGAUUGAAAAUAAAUUAGAUGGUUCUACUCUUUGUGAUAUAGAAAAGGAAGUCAAUACAAAUGAAGGAUACAGCUUAUGGGGUUGUUCCCAUAUUAUUAAUAUUGUAAAAAUUUUAAAAAUAAAAAAUAUUUUAUCCUCAAAAGUGUUUGAAUCAGAUGAAUGUGAAAAAUUGUUACAAGAGACAUUUGCUAAUAUUAUAAAUAAGCUUGACAUAUUUUAUUUGAAUAGUAAAAAUAAUUUUAUUAGUUUAUCAAAAAAUGAAAUUGAUAGUUUUUUUUGUAUAUAUACAAAUUUAUCAAUAUUAUUAAAUGAAGUAAUAAAUAAAAGAGAUACAUUUUUUUUAAUUGCAAAUUUUUUUACAAACUCAUUUCAAACUAUAUAUAUAUAUUACAACAAUUUACACAUUAACAUGUUAAUAAAUUUGCUAAACGGAAUUUACAAUCAGAUAUGUGCAUAUUCUAAAAUAGAUAUAUAUGACAAACAUUUUGAUAACAUUUUAACUAGCCAUUUUAAUGAAGAAACAGAUUGGAAAAAAAUAAAAACUCCAACACAUUUUUUAAGAAUAAAAGAUGAGUUAGAAACAGAAAUUAAUCCUAUAGCUAGCUGUCUAUAUUUAGUAAAUGAUAUUGGUACAUGUUUAUUAUCUUCAAUUCAAGAACAAAAUCAAAUCUCUUUAACUAAAUUAAUAACUAUUUUAAAUUAUAUACAUAAAAUAAAUAAAAUAUUUCUUCCUUCUAACAUAUUUAAUAUUUUAAUUUUUAACUAUCUUGAUGAAAUUCAAAAAAUAAUUAUAAAUUACGAUAAAAGAAUAAAUAAAGAGAAACCGGAAAACCAUCACAUUCUUAUAUUUAUGAACUUAUAUCUUUAUUAUAAAAAUGAAAAUAUAUUAGAUCUCAAUUUGUUAAACAGAUGUAUAAACUUUGUAAAUAUCGAUGACCAAAAUAUAGGAACCAUUGAUGAAACUGAAAUUGUUAUGCUCCUUAAUUUUUUUAAAAAAUAUCAACAAAUAAAAAGAAAACCUAAUAAUCCAAACUUAACAAUAAACACACAAAAUAGAGAAAGUAAAAUAACUAAUUUAAAAAAAUGCGACUCUAUAGUUAGUGAUAAUAUUAAUGAAGGGGCUGAGCUCUUUUCAGGAAACAUUUUCAAAUUUUUAAAUCAAAAACAUCAAGAGUACAACUUCGAACAUUUUGAGGUGUACAUAAAAAAAUGUAUAAACACGAUUGUAAACAAACUUAUAUUUUCACAUGCCAAAAAAGAUCACUUAAAAAGUUUAACACAAAAAAUUGAAAAUAAAACAAGUUGUAAUCCUUUAUAUGAUAUGCAACUAAAAAUAGAUGGAAAUAAAAUGGUUAGUCCCCAUUAUGAUGUCACAAAAUUUUCAGAAAAUAAAUUAAACCUUUUUCAAACUAAUAGUAUAUCUAUAAAAAAUGAAAAUAUACAAUAUUCCAUAAAUUUAUAUUUUAUGUUAUAUGAAAUUUAUUUUCAUCAUUAUCCAAUUACAGAAAAACAAAAAGAAGUAUCACUAUCCUUUUUAACAAACCUUAUUAAUUUAAAAAAAAAUAAUUUAAACGAAGAAAAUUACUAUCAUAUAAUAUCCUGUUUUUUAAACAUAAAAAAUUUUAAUCACAAUGCUUACUAUUUAUAUAAACAGUACCUAAAGAAUAACUACAAAAAGGUAAACAUAAAAUAUGUGGCUUUAAUUAUGAAAAAAAUGCUUGAAGAAAAUUUUCAAACUUCAAAUGGUAGUAAAGAUGACACUUUUAUUUCUAGUGAUCAAAGUGGUAUUAUACAGAUAAGUAAAGAAAAUUCAACCUUUGAAAAUAUUAUUUAUUUGUCUUGUAACUCCCUAAUAUGUGAUACAGAUUAUGUAAACAAUUUUAGACACAUUAAAGAAGUACUUCAUACCUAUUGUGAAAAUUAUAUAAACUAUUAUAUUAUAAGAAACAAUUUUAAUUAUUUUUCUCUUUCCUAUUUCAACAAGUUUAUAUAUCCUAAUCAAAUUAAAUUAAAUAAGAAUGUAAUGAUUAUGUUGCUAAACACGUUUUCAAAUUUGUAUUACACUAUAAAUAAGUAUUUGCAUGCAAAAAAGGUAGAAAAAAUUGACGGGAAAAAAAAUAAAAAUGAAAAGAAUGAAAAGACUGCUAGCCAAAUCAGUUCUUUAAAUCAACGGAAUAGUGAAAGUGAAAAUAUAAAUUUAUGUCGCUGGGAAAAAAAUUGUGAAUAUAUAAACAAAGAGGCGGGAUAUAAUGAUUUUAUCAAAAAUAAAUUAUUAAAAAAUAUAACAAAAAUAAUACAAAAAAUGUAUAGAAAUAUAAAACGAAAAAAUAAUACAAAUAAUAAAAUAUCAAAUAGAGAUCUAAUAGAUAUAAUGGUUGCUUUAAAAAACACAAAAUCAAGACCCCAUAAUAUUUUAUUGUAUUUAUCAAAAAUGUAUAUCAAUCAAAUGUUUAACAACAAAUUUAUUAAAGUAGAUCAUCAUGUAAAGUAUAUGAAUAGUAUAAUAUAUCUUGAUUUUUUAAAUGAAGCAAAUAUUUUAUAUAUCUCUACUAUUGCAAAAGAUAAAAUAAAAAUAACAAAUAUAAAUGAAAAUACAUCAGAAAAAAACCUCAUUUUUUUCUAUCAUAUUUUAUUUGAUAACUUUUUGAAACUCCCUUCUUCAGCAUUAUUUGUUCCAAACAUAUCAACAUAUCUUCUGAAUAUAAUUAUGUUAUACUUUGAUUUACUAAAUUAUAAAUAUGAAAAAAAAAAAAAAUUAUUAACAAAAAUAAUUUUUUUUAUACAAUCAUUAUUAAAAUUGUAUUAUGUAGACAAAGUUAUAUUACCAAACGAUUUAGAUAAAAGAAAUAUUUAUCUUAUUUUUUUAUUAUUCUCAUUAAGUAAUAAUAAUAAAUAUAUAAAUAUAUCAUCAUUACCCUUUGACACAUUAAAAUUAUUUUAUAAUAAAAUAAUUUUGAAAAAUAUGGAUAACUUACAAACCCCUCAAAUAUAUUCCUCUUUUGUACAUCAUACUAUAUACAACUUUGUAUUUAAUUUUUUCAAAGAAUAUCCAAAUAAAUAUAAAAUUGUGAAUGAAACAAAAAUCCAUUUUUAUAAUGUUGAUUUAUUUAUAGAGAAGAAUACACCAUCAUAA